GAGGAUGGAAAUGAACGUUGAUUCCUGCAUCUGUCGAGCACGACGACGGCGAUGGCCGUUUCCCCUCCGUGUUUACACGGAAAGCUCCUGGCUUUUCGACGCCGCUGCUGCUUUUGGCCAUUGACUCCGCAGAGACUUUCUUGGGAACGGUAAAAGGGGAGAAGGCGAAAGGAGACAGUCGCCUUCCUCCGGAAGCUAACCCCCCACAAUCCUCGAUUCUCAACUGUGUCCGUACGGAGAGGAGAGAGAGACAGCGAUUCUUUGAUGGCUUUGGCUUUGGUUGGGUGGGCCCUCCGCCAUGAUUGCGGCCCUCGAAGCUGAUUGGUCAUUUCCCUUCCUAUGCGCGUGCAUAAGCAAAGGGAGGGAAAAAGCCCAUCUGGGUCGUCGCCGAUCGGCGUCUCUGGCCGGGUGAAGUUCCUCUUCUCCCCUCCCCUGUUUCGAGCCGAGCGGCGGCGGUGAUGGAGGUCGGCGACGGUCGCCCGCCGGCGAGGGUGGUCAACGACAGGGUCUACGUCGCGGUGGGGAGGGACGUGCAGGAGAGCAGGUCGACCCUCUCGUGGGCGAUGAACAAUUUCGACGGCCACUUCCGGAUCAUUCACGUCCACCAGCCUCAACAGCUGAAUCCAUCUCCACGCCCGUUUUAUGGUGGUGGAUCCAGGAAUUCUCAAGAACUCGCAAGGCAAGAGAUGCAAAGGAUUCUGGAUGAGUACAUACACAUGUGUAGCCAAGCAAGGGUUCCUGCUCUGAAAAGACACGUUGAGAUGCAAGAUAUAGGAAAAGGGAUUGUGGAACUCAUUGAGCAACAUGCCAUUACGAAGCUUGUCAUGGGAGCAGCUGCAGACAGACGCUAUUUUGAGGGGAUGGCACAACUCACAUCCGCAAAGGCCAAGUUUGUAAACCAGCAUGCACAUCCAUCUUGUCAUAUUUGGUUUGUCUGCAAUGGGCACGUAAUCUACUCAAGGGAAGGUGAUUUAAGCACUUUUGAUAUGGACAUCACAUCAUCAGUAUUACCAGGUAGAUCUGUUGUUGAAUCUGGACUACAAAAUACGAGGAGUCCUUCUCUUGAUUCGGUUCAUUCAAGAUCCAACUCUAGUGAAGUUGAAGAUGAUCUAGCUUUGGUUCAGUAUGAAAGGGGUGAGGGGAGCAACCAUGUUACUGAAUCAAAUUCAGUGCAAGGCUACCGUCAAAAUCGAAGUUAUACUGGAAUGGAAGGAAGUUAUAGCGAGGAUCUCUAUGAGCAACUGGACCAAGCAAUGAAAGAAGUUGCACGUGCAAAACAGGAGGCACUAGAAGAGUUGAUCCGGCGUCAGAAAGCUGAGAAAACAGCAAAUGAGGCUACCCGCAAACUUAAAGCACUUGAAAAUGUAUACAAUGAGGAGCUAAGAUUGAGGAAAGAUCUUGAGGAAUUGCUAGCACGAGAAAAGGAAGCAUCCGAAGUGCUGAAGAAGUGUCACGAGGAACUACAGAUGCUGAACGAGGAACUCUUGGCUAACCAAACAAGUGAACCCUCCAGUGCACAUGGACAGGAGUUCAUUUCUGAGUUUUCAUUCUCCGAUGUACAUGAAGCUACUGAGAGUUUUAAUCAAGCGUUAGUGAUUGAUAAGGGGGCAUAUGGGACCACUUAUAAAGGUUUGCUUCAUCACAUGCAAGUGGCCAUAAAGAUGCUGCUCGCCUCCAACUACCAUCAUGAGAUUCAAGUUGCAACUAAGUUGAGGCAUCCUAAUUUGGUAAGCCUCAUUGGAGUCUGCCCUGAUGCCACGGCUGCUAUUUAUGAGUAUCUCCCAAAUGGCAGCCUUGAAGACCAACUCAGCGCCAGAGACAGCAGCAACCAUCUAUCUUGGCAAACUCGAAUACAUAUUUGUGCGGAUACAUGUGCUGUGCUUAUUUUUCUUCAUUCUUGCUAUGGUUUGGUACAUGGCGAUCUGAAACUGGGAAAUAUUCUUCUUGACUCCAACUUCAUUGCCAAAAUUAAGAACUUUGGAUUGUGUUCUGCCCCAUCUCAUUCCCCCAUGACAGGAGAAUUAUCUUUUGCCUCUGAUGUUUAUUCAUUUGGUCAUGUGUUAUUGCGUUUACUGACUGGGAGAUCAGGUCUAAAUUUAGAUGAAGUGAUGGAAAGGGCCUUAGAUGUAGGGAAUUUAAGUGCUGUGUUGGAUCCUACAGCGGGUCACUGGCCAUUUGAGUUAGCCAAAGAGCUGGCUCUCCUGGCAUUAAGGUGUUGUGACAGUGAUAGCAAUAAUCGACCAUGUCUUAGCUCAGAGGUGUGGCCGAUACUGGAAAGGAUGCGAACCCAUUGUGAAGCCUCAUUAUCCAGUCAGCCUGAUCCAGAAGAGCCUGCACAGCCUCCUCAAUAUCUCAUUUGUCCAAUCUCCCAUGAAAUUAUGCAAGAUCCUCAUGUGGCAGCAGAUGGUUUUACUUACGAAGCAGAGGCAAUAAGGAUCUGGCUUAGUGGCCAUGAUACUUCGCCGAUGACGAAUCUGCAGCUUUCAAACCGCGAGCUUUUCCCGAAUCAGACUGUCCGUUCAAUGAUUCAAGAAUGGCAGCAAAACAAUGAAUCCUAAUUUUGGCAUUGAAUUGAAUCAUAGGCGUCUUAGUUUCUAGGUCUUGGGGUAUCGGGUUAUCCACCUCGCGUUUACCUUCUGUACAUACCAUGAGUGGAUUUCUAAUUGUGCAUAUGCUACGAAAUGUGUUUAGCGUUGCAUGAAAUCUAAUUGAACUGCGCCUUUCUAUCAUGUAAUCUAACCACAGUCUAGUCAUCCUUCUUUGCACUCUUGAUCGGCAACUCUGCGGUGACUAGUUUUGUACAGUUUCGGACAGCUCGAUUUUCUUUGUGAUGGUUCAAUGGUAUUGCACCUUGCUGCUGAUAGAA